UGUCAAUGCCAAGAAAAAACACUAACAGAGAGUAGAAAAAUAUCGGCGAUUCCCCCCAACGAAAGCCUCCGAUGGAUUAAUCUUGAUUUUUCUGCGAAAGUAGAGAAUGGGCUGUGUCCAAUGUAAGGAUAAAGAAGCAGCAAAACUCACUGAUGACCGGGAGACCAGCCUCUCGCACAACUCGGGGUACCGCUAUGGGUCCGACCCCACGCCACAACACUACCCCAGCUUCGGGGUCACCACCAUCCCCAACUACAACAACUUCCACAGCGGGGCCUCGCAGGGGGUGACCGUGUUCGGAGGAGUCCACACGUCCUCGCAGUCUGGCACGCUUCGGUCUCGGGGAGGGACAGGGGUGACUCUGUUUGUGGCGCUUUAUGACUACGAAGCCCGGACCGAGGAUGACCUCAGCUUCAGGAAGGGGGAGCGGUUCCAGAUCCUCAACAGCACCGAGGGGGACUGGUGGGAGGCUCGUUCUCUCACUACAGGUGGAACUGGUUACAUUCCCAGCAAUUAUGUUGCUCCGGUGGACUCGAUCCAAGCUGAGGACUGGUAUUUCGGUAAAUUAGGCCGAAAGGACGCAGAGAGGCAACUGCUUUCCAACGGCAACGCCAGAGGCACUUUCCUCAUCCGUGAGAGUGAAACAACCAAAGGGGCUUACUCUCUCUCCAUCCAGGACUGGGAUGACAUCAAGGGAGACCAUGUCAAACACUAUAAGAUUCGCAAGCUGGACAGCGGAGGCUACUACAUCACCACCAGGGCCCAGUUUGAGACCCUUCAGCAGCUAGUACAGCACUACUCUGCCAGGGCUGCGGGUCUGUGCUGCCGGCUGAUCGUGCCGUGCCACAAAGGCAUGCCUCGUCUGACCGACCUGUCCGUCAAAACCAAAGACGUGUGGGAGAUCCCGCGGGAGUCGCUGCAGCUCAUCAAACGUCUCGGCAACGGGCAGUUCGGCGAGGUCUGGAUGGGCACGUGGAACGGCACCACCAAGGUGGCGGUCAAGACUUUGAAGCCCGGCACCAUGUCGCCCGAGUCCUUCCUGGAGGAGGCUCAGAUCAUGAAGAAGCUCCGGCACGACAAGCUGGUGCAGCUCUACGCCGUGGUGUCCGAAGAACCCAUCUACAUUGUCACUGAGUACAUGAGCAAAGGGAGUUUGCUUGACUUCCUUAAAGACGGAGAAGGACGAGGCCUCAAGCUGCCAAAUCUGGUGGACAUGGCAGCGCAGGUGGCAGCAGGCAUGGCAUAUAUUGAGAGGAUGAACUACAUCCACAGAGACCUGCGCUCUGCAAACAUCCUAGUCGGGGAGAGUCUGGUGUGUAAGAUCGCUGACUUUGGUCUGGCCAGGCUCAUCGAGGACAAUGAAUACACAGCAAGACAAGGUGCAAAGUUUCCUAUAAAGUGGACUGCCCCUGAGGCAGCUCUCUACGGGAAGUUCACCAUCAAGUCGGACGUGUGGUCGUUUGGCAUCCUGCUGACAGAGCUGGUGACCAAGGGCAGAGUGCCCUAUCCAGGCAUGAACAACCGCGAGGUGCUGGAGCAGGUGGAGCGAGGCUACCGGAUGCCGUGCCCACAGGACUGCCCCACGUCCCUGCACGAGCUGAUGGUGCAGUGCUGGAAGAAGGACCCGGAGGAGAGGCCCACCUUCGAGUACCUGCAGGCCUUUUUGGAGGACUACUUCACUGCCACUGAGCCUCAGUACCAGCCGGGGGAUAAUCUCUGAGCACCGCUGCCUUCAUCUCAUGUCAUUUCGCUGGCGUUCCACCAGAGGGAGCCAGACUCCACCUAUUCUCUCUCUCAUCGUGUGGCUGUGACGAUCUCAAAAGCUCAUCGACUGACUUCCUGACUUCCAAGCUUCAUACAAGUAGGGACGGUGCAGCGCUGACAGCAA